AUGAAUUUUGAUAUUGGCAGUUUUUUACAGAAAGAGAUACAAAAAAAGCAGGCUGAGAUAAACAAUUCCAACCAUACUGGCGAUGAGGUUAAAGUGGACACCUCCACUGCGACAAAUAAGUCAUCAAAACAAGAAUCUAUAAUCGAGGGGAAGCCAACCGAAUACAAAGACGAGCUUACAUUAAUAAACGCUGAAACUAGAAUUGCUUCUCUAGAGAAGAUUGAACGCCUAGAGACUCGUUCCAAAAGAGUAAAAGAGAUCAUAGAAAAUGAAUCCAAAGAUAGCGAUUGUAAUAUUAGUAUAGAGGAUAUAUUGGACGGAUCAUGUUCUGAUUUACCGACGUUAGCAAGGAAAAGCAACAUAUACAUUCAUAAGUUGUUAACAGAAUGGAUGGAUAGUGAGUAUGACCCUGAGUUGUUAUUGGAGACAAAGAAAAAUAUAUUUCCAUUAUUGGUUACUCUUCGAAAGUAUGACAUGAACUCUAAAAUGGAUGAGAAUAUGUUACUUUCGAUUACCACAAUUCUUUACCAUUUGCAGCAACCUGCCGAGAUCAACCAAAGUUUACAGUCAUACAUGAAACUAAGUAUCGGUAACGUUGCAUGGCCAAUCGGUGUGACACAAAUUGGUAUACAUCAACGUAGUGCUCAUUCCAGAUUAAAUGAUAGAACAAAUGUUGCAAAUAUUAUGAUUGAUGAAAGGACAAGACUUUGGAUCACUAGUCUCAAGAGACUGAUAACAUUCCGAGAGUGGCAAAUGAAGAAUUAA